AUGGCUUCCCAAACAUCUCAACAAUUCCAUCCUCAUCUUCACUUUGUUCUCUUCCCCUUCAUGGCUCAAGGCCACAUGAUCCCCAUGGUCGAUAUUGCAAGGCUCUUGGCUCAGCGAGGUGUGACUAUAACCAUUGUCACCACACCUCACAACGCUUCCCGGUUCAAGAACGUUCUUAACCGGGCCAUUCAGUCCGGUUUGCCAAUCAAUCUUCUCCAGGUGAAGUUUCCAUCUCAAGAACCGCAAGGACACGAUAACGUGGACUUGCUUGAUUCAUCGAGGCCGUUAACAUCUUUCUUUAAGGAAAUUAAUAUGCUCGAGGAACCGGUCGAGAAGCUUUUGAAAGAGAUUCAACCUAGGCCAAACUGCAUAAUAGGCGACAUGUGUUUGCCUUUUACAAACAGAAUCGCCAAGAACUUUGGCAUACCAAAGAUCAUCUUUCAUGGGAUGGGUUGCUUCAACCUUCUUUGUCUGCACAUUAUGCGCCAGAACUUAGAGUUUUGGGAAUCUAUAGAGUCUCAUAAAGAGUACUUCCCCAUCCCAAAUUUUCCUGACAGAGUUGAGUUCACAAAAGCUCAGCUUCCUCUGGUUGCAACUAGUGAUGAAGGUUGGAAAGAGUUUUUAGACGGGAUGAUUGAAGGGGACAACACUUCUUAUGGUGUGAUUGUCAACACGUUUGAAGAGCUGGAGCCAGCUUAUGUUAGAGACUACAAGAAG